CCAAAUGCCCGCAAAGCGUUGUGCACGCCUUCCGGAAGGAGUUUGUUACACGAGGUCUGAGAGUGAGAGGCACUUUGAGCUGCUGGUGCCUUGGUCAGCACAAUGCCCAAGGCCAAGGGCAAAACCCGGAGGCAGAAGUUUGGUUACAAUGUCAACCGAAAGCGUCUGAACCGGAAUGCUCGACGGAAGGCAGCGCCGCGGAUCGAAUGCUCCCACAUCCGACAUGCCUGGGACCACGCUAAAUCGGUGCGGCAGAACCUGGCCGAGAUGGGGUUGGCUGUGGACCCCAACAGGGCGGUGCCCCUCCGUAAGAGAAAGGUGAAGGCCAUGGAGGUGGACAUAGAGGAGAGGCCUAAGGAGCUUGUGCGGAAGCCCUAUGUGCUGAAUGACCUGGAGGCAGAAGCCAGCCUUCCAGAAAAGAAAGGAAAUACUCUGUCUCGGGACCUCAUUGACUACGUACGCUAUAUGGUGGAGAACCACGGGGAGGACUAUAAGGCCAUGGCCCGUGAUGAGAAGAAUUACUAUCAAGAUACUCCAAAACAGAUUCGGAAUAAGAUCAAUGUCUAUAAACGCUUUUACCCAGCAGAGUGGCAGGACUUCCUUGAUUCUUUGCAGAAGAAUAAGAUGGAGGUUGAGUGACUGGUUUACAUCACAGCUGCCCCAGGCCGAGGCCUGCCCUGGACCAGUGAAGCUGGAGUCAGGGUGUAAGGCAGGGAGGGCUGUGUGGCUCCAGAGGCGCUGGCCAGGUCCAUGGAAUCAGAAGGUUACGCAUGCACACACACACGCACACUCCCCGCUCUGGGGAAGGAACUGUUCUCAGAGGCUCCAAUUUAUAUUCGUCUGGAGGUUCAUGGAAAAGCCAGAACCUGCUGUUUUCAGGGUAGGUGGUUUUUAUAUAUAGUGUGUACAUAAUAAAACAAAGGUAUUUUACUUCUCUGA